GAUCGUGUCGCGGGGGUGGUGGGGUUGAAAAUCGGCGCUUGCCCGGUGUCUCCUGUAUACCUCUAUCUCCCCUCGAUUUCCUUCCCCUUUUUCCAUCCACUGCCCCCUAUAUUCUCCGUGCCGGUGCCUCUUACUCCUACCCACGUGCGUAAGAGGUACGUGUGCGUGCGGUGGAGGCGCGUAGGCACGCACACGCGACCCGUUGUAGAAAACGUAGCGCAGCAUUAUCGACGCGCCUGCGCCGGCCGAUUGUUCGGUGGAGGGGCGGCUUUGCGGCGCGUAGUGGGGGGCGCGUGUCACCUGUCGUGGUGGUGCGCGGUGUCAGUGUAACGGCGACCGCCGUGAGUUACGGAUCGUUGAAGUGGUGCUGCGUUUGGUGUCGUCUGAUCGCACGGUGCAUCGGGAUAAACGCAUACGAUCGCAUAUCUACGUACGUGUGUCGAUUCGUCGUUGCCUACCUCUCUCGCGUACACGCACGCGCCUUCUCUCUCUCUCUCUCUCUCGCUCGCUCGCUCUCUUUACCUCUCUUGCCGCCUCUCUCUUACCUCCCACUCGAAUACCUCCCUCGUCCCUUUUUCGAUCGCCGAUUUUCGGAUCCGUCGAGGUGCGUGCGGGCACGCCGCGUUCGAUCUCGUGAAUGUGCGCGAUCAGGAAGCCGGUCGUCCGCAAGGAAACAUGCGUGAGCAGAGCUGGAGGACAACGACUGCGACAACGACGAGGAACACGCUGCACGUGACUGCGGCACCCUCGCACGUUCUGCUGCAGUGAGUGGAGAGAAAGGGAGGAAAAAGAGAGUGAUAGAAACACGUCCUUUCUCCUUCCGCUGUUACGUCGGAGCCUGUGCUUAACGGGGAGUAAAAAAGAGUGCCGGUGGUUGGUGCGGUAUUCGUGAGUUACCGAGGAUCUUUCUCCUUUUUUUCUCGUGAUCUACGGAGGAGACUACGAAUCCUGGCACGUUUUCGGUGUCGUUCGAACCACCCGAGAGAAGAUGAGGCGUACCAUCUUGGAAACGAGGAUGCACCCCGUGUUAUCCUGUUGGUGCGUUGUCGCCACUGUCACCCUCGUCCUCGCAGCAUGGCAGGAAAACAUCAGGCCGAAGAUGUACGUCCAACUCGGUGCGGAGGAUGUGUUCAGGUUUACGGGGAACGAGACGCACACAGACUACUUUCGGCUGGUACUCCGGGACGGGAACUAUCUUCUGGUCGGCGGAAGAAAUCUCGUGCACAAUCUGAGCCUGACCGAUUUGACCGAGCAGCAGAGGUUGACUUGGUACUCGACCGACAGUGACGUGAAGAUGUGCCUGGUGAAGGGCACGCCGGAGGAGAAUUGCCAGAACUAUAUUCGCAUCCUCGUCAAGACGGACGCGAACACGUUGCUUGUGUGCGCGACUAACGCGUUCAAGCCGAUGUGCCGUGACUACGGGGUGCACGCCGGCAAUUACACGAUACUGAAGGAGAAGGGUGGCCAGGCGAUGUGCCCCUACGAUCCGAGGCACAACAGCACCUUCGUUUACGUGGACGGGGAGCUUUACACGGGCACUGUGGCCGAUUUCGCGGGGAUGGACCCGAUCAUCUACAGGGAGCCGCUCCAGACCGAGCAGUACGACUCCAAGAGCCUAAACGCGCCAAACUUUGUCAACUCCAUGGCCCAGGGAGACUUCGUCUACUUCUUCUUCCGGGAGACCGCCGUGGAGUACAUCAAUUGCGGCAAGACCGUCUAUUCUCGCGUAGCGAGAGUCUGUAAAUACGAUCGAGGUGGUCCGCAUCGAUACCGCAAUAGGUGGACCUCGUUCCUAAAAUCCCGUCUUAAUUGCUCCGUUACCGGAGACUUUCCUUUCUACUUCAACGAGAUACAAUCGACGACGGAAUUGAUAUCGGGCCAGUACGGCAAUAAGUCGGCGCAGUUGAUAUACGGGACGUUCACCACCCCGGUGAACAGCAUAAGCGGCUCGGCCGUGUGCGCCUUCUCCUUGCAGGACAUCACCGACACGUUCAAGGGCAAUUUCAAGGAGCAGAGCGCGAUCAACUCGAAUUGGUUGCCGGUGCAGAGCACCAAGGUGCCCGAUCCAAGGCCCGGCCAGUGCGUCAACGAUUCCCGAUCUCUGCCCGAUCUCACCCUCAACUUCAUCCACACGCACUCCCUAAUGGACGAGCUGGUCCCGAGCUUCUUCGGCCAACCCAUCGUCAUUCGCACCAGUUUCCAUUACAGGUUCACGCAGAUCGCCGUCGAUCCCCAGGUGAAGACUCCCGGCGGCAAGACGUACGACGUGUUGUUCAUCGGGACGGACAACGGGAAGGUGAUCAAGGCGGUGAACGCCGAGUCGGCGGACACCCACCUUAAGGUCAGCCCCGUGGUGAUCGAGGAGAUCCAGGCGUUCCCCUCUACGGUGCCCGUUCGAGGCAUCAAGGUGGUGAGGGCGUCGCAGGCAGGCGACGGCCUCGAGGACGGCCGACUGGUCGUGAUCGCCGAUAGCCAGGUGCAGGCGUUGAGGCUGCACCGUUGCUACAGCGAUAGGAUCUUGUCGUGCGGCGAGUGCGUGGCCCUUCAGGACCCGUAUUGCGCGUGGGACAAGGUGGAGGGCAAGUGCAGAGCUUUGGUCGGGCCGGCUGCCACGGACGCGAGCAGAUUCCUCCAGAGCGUGGCGACCGGGUUGCACGCCUCCUGCCCGCCCAGCAAAAGUCUGAACAAGGAUGCCGGCAGCGUUGGCGCCAUCUCUGCGAACCAGAAUAAAUUCCCACCCGACUCGAUGAUCCCCAACAAGGAAGGCCAAGGGGGGGAGAUCAUCAACAUCAUGCAGGACGAGGAGCAGGAUAAUUCAGGUCCAGAAGUAUCGGCGGCGGACUCCCCCCCUCCGCAAUACUCGGUGGAGACCCUGGUGAUGGCCGUCGUGGCUGGCGCGUUGGCCGCUCUGUUAGUCGGCUUCGUGGCCGGUUACCUGUGCGGCAGGAAAUGUAGAAAGGACGAGGACGAUAAUCUGCCGUAUCCGGACACGGAGUACGAGUACUUCGAGCAGCGGCAAAAUGUGAACAGCAGGCUGGCGCCAGAGCCAAAGCUAUUGCCCCAGGAGGAGGUUACCUACGCUGAGCCUGUUCUGGUUCCGCAACCGCCCAAGCUCCACUCGCCGAAAGGCACGAUGCGCAAACCACCACCGACCCCGACGGAAACGCUGUUCCAGUUCCCGGACGGGUACGGUUUCCGCGGGGCGAGGGACAACUUCGGCACCCUUCGCUCGCACCAGGGCGACGCGUAUCGGCGCAACGACGGGUUCGCGACCACCCGCAGCGUGAAGAAGGUUUAUCUCUGAGAAACGAGCGAGGAGGGAGGUGGCCGCCACCGGAGCUUAGGGCGGCCAGCGCGCAACCGGCACAACGCGACCACAGCGGCAAGGAGUAGUCGCGCUGUGACGUCAGGGGGACAGUCGAAUCGCGAGCUCGCGGGGCCAAGGGCGCUAGAGUCGCCCUCGCCGCCCUCGAGCGUUUCGUCCAGUUCCCCGUCCCCUCCCUCCUCGUCACCCUCGCCGACCCUCGUACCGAUCGCCAUGAGCGGCGGUGGCUCGCCCCCGCCGCCGACACCGCCCUGCAGCUACAUAUAUCGAUCAUAGUCGUCGUCGACCACGUCGGCGUCGGCCUCGUCACCGCCGCCGUCGUACUCGGCUUCUUGUUACGCGACGCCAGCCGCUGGGACGCCGUUCUACAGCCCAGCCGCGCGUUCCGAUCCUGUAUAGUAGCGUGUUCACCACCACCACCACCCCCCUCCCGUGCGAUCGAGCGAGAGUUGGAUCCUCGAUCGCGUGACGGGCGCGCGUGAUUUUUGAAACUUUUUUUUUUUUUCUUUUCGUUCCCUUUCGUUCCGCGCUCCUUGCGUUCCCCGCGGUUGAUCCUCGGUUGCCUUUCAGACCGUCGGAAUCACCGAUACGCGCGUCGAUCCGGUCCACCAGGAUUACCGAGUAAGUGAUCAUCGCCGCAUCACCACCACCACCGCCACCACCAUCACGCUUCGCGCCGCUUCGUCGAGGAAGAUCAUGUAACAAAGAAAGGUUCGAGAGAGAUUUUUCAAGAAGGAGAAGAGAUAGCAGAGAAAGAGAAAGAGAGAGAGAGUGUGUAUAUAUAUUAUUCCUUAUAGAAGAGGAAGGAGGUGAGAUGAAGGCGCGUUGAUCGAGCUUCGCUCGGUGGUCAGGCGAGAUCGGCGAGAUCGUGCGUCGAAUCGUUCGCGAUGGAAUCGUGGCGAUCUCCGCCGUUUUAUAUCGUUUCUUAUUAUUAUUAUUAUUAUUAUUAUUAUUAUUAUUAUUAUUAUUACUAUUAUUAUUAUUAUUAUUACUAUUAUUAUUACUAUUAUUAUACGAUACCCGCGCGUAGUAUUACGACAAAGGUUACUUCUCGUGAAGUCAAUUAAAAGAGACUAUCGUCGGACUCGACUUGCGAUUUUUCUAAUGUUGUAAUAUUUAAACGCGAGUGAUUGACAGUGCCAUUAUUGUUCGCGUAAUACUACCGCGUGCCUCGAAAAAAAAUUUAUUAAGGGAUUAUAUUAAUCGGUCGUCGCGAACCGAUUCUUGUUCUUCUCUUAACGCUCUCGACCAAGGUUCGAGAGAACGAGAAAAUGAGAUAUUCCAUUGAUACUUCGUAGCAGUCACGGCAUCGUGCCAUAAACACACACACACACACACACACAUAUACACACGAUCGACGGAUUUCACGGAGUAAAAUCGCGGAGAUCGUCACGUCGCCUUUACGAUGUGUUGGUUAAUCGAGCAAGACUCUCUUUAAGUGUCAGGCAGUUUGACGAAACGGAGUUACCGCCGAGAGAUUCCCACGGAUUCCUAAUUUUCUCGUACGUUUCGAAAACACGCGUUUCACCACCUGCACAUAUACGUAAUACAGAGAGAUAAGAGAGAAAGAGAGAGAGAGAGAGAGGAAGAGAGAAAAGAGAGAAAGUGAGUGUGUGAGAUGUGUCUAAAAGAAGAGGAGGUGUUUAAUCAGAGACACGAGAGACAUUAGCCAGAGAGGAGGAAGGAAGGAAGAAAGGAAGGAAGGAAGGAAGGAAGAAAGGAAAGAGGCAUAUAGGACUUGUAUGUAAAUAAAUUCACGUUAUAUACAGAAAAAAAAGAGAGGAAGAGAGAGAAGAAACAAAUAACAUAUACGAAGGAGUUUAAUAAAAGAGUUCUAUGAGCUGCAGUGAUUUGUAAAGGGAGAAACGAGAAUCAGUCCAUCUAGAGAAUCUGGGCCCGAUGGUACACGUAGACAUCUAUCUUAAAGUGCUUCUUAUUUCAGUGUGUUUAGAAGUAACGCGUAUGUGAUAUAUAUUAUAUGACGAGGUGUUUUUCUAGGCGUUGAGAGAAAGCGGGAGAGAAAGCGAGAGAGCGAAAGGAAAUGACUGAUAGAGGGAGAAAUAGCGAAUGUAUGUAUGUGAGAUGUAUUAUGAGAGAGAGAGAGAGAGAGAGAGAGAGAGGUAGGGAGAGAGUGUGUGUGUGUAUGAAAGAGAAAGAAAGAGAAAAACGGUGAGGAGAGAUGUAUAGUAUCACUCUCUUCGACGAAUUUCAAAUAGAAACGAUGAUGGACGCGGCGAUGAACUCGACGAUCCUUUGUUCACAGAGAAUUCAUCGGUCGUGCUUUCAUAAAACAAUCGUAACCGCUUCCCCCUCCCCUUCCCCCUUCCCAAAAAAUUAAAAACCCCGAUAUAUCCGAAUUUUUCCGCUCAUCCACUCUUCGCGUACUCUUCGUCUACUCUUCGUCUCAUCUUCGUCGCCGAGUUAAAUCCCGAUUCUGUGAACAAUCGAGCGAGAGAGUUCGUCACGUUCGCCGCCUUCACGAUUCGAUUCACUUUUUCGAUUAUUAAUUUUUCCGUUCUUGUUCGACACGCACACAAUUACACCGAGUACACGAGGAUUUAACAACAAAACAACGUUUGUUAACAAAAUAUUAGGCGUUUUCUCGUAUGCGUAUUAUAUACGCCCUUCGGUUUUCGAUCGGUCAAGACACCACCCCCGAUCGACUCUUUUUUCGAUUGAAAAAAAAAAAAACGAAUAAGGCC